GGUGGUCAGCAUUCUCUCUCUACCUGAGUUUCUCUUUCUGAUUGCUCGAGCCAAACCCUAACCUUAGUACGAGAGGGGCGGAGCAGAUCACAGCGAGUUUGUAAAAUGGCGUAUCAGGCCGGAGCUACGAAUCACGCCGACGGAGAUAACGACCAAGAUCUUCAGAAUCGACGGCUCUACAACCCUUACCACGACCUCCAAGUUCCAAUACAGUCUCUUUACAAGCUCCCCACGUCCCCUGAAUUCCUUUUUCAAGAGGAGUCCGUAGCGCAGCGCCGAUCCUGGGGGGAGAACCUCACCUACUACACAGGCAUCGGCUAUCUCGCCGGCGCCACCGUCGGGGCGGGUAAAGGUUUCGUUGACGGCGUCAGAGCUUCGGAGGCUGGAGACACCAUGAAACUCCGGGUCAACAGAAUCCUCAACGGGUCGGGCCACACGGGCCGGAAGUUCGGGAACCGGGCGGGCGUUAUCGGGCUGCUUUAUGCUGGGAUGGAGAGCGGCAUGGUCGCGGCCAGGGAUACGGAUGACGUCAUCAACAGCGUAGUGGCGGGAUUGGGCACUGGCGCGCUCUACAGGGCGGCGUCGGGGCUGAGGUCUGCAGCAGUCGCCGGAGUCAUCGGCGGCGUGGUUGUUGGAUUGGGAGUCACCGCAAAACAGGCAAUGAAACGCUAUGUUCCAAUCUGAGAAUUUUCUUCUUUGUCUUGUUUGUUGCCUUUCACGUUUUACAUCAGUAGAGAAAAAAAUUUUGAUCAACCGUUUGAGAAAUUGAUUGUCAUAUUGAUCAACAAUGUAGUUGGGGCAUGAAGGGUGCAUGCUUUACCAGACAUGUCUACAUUUUUUUCUGAUAUACUCUUUAGUAGUUGUAGUAGCAUAGUGCUAUUCAAUAAAUUUUGCAGAAAAAACCAGGUGAUGAGU